UAUUCGUUCGCCAUCACCUCCAACACUGAAAAAGAGCCCCCUCUCUCUCACACACAUUUUCUCUCUCUAACUUUCUCUCUCUAGGUUUUCUUCAACACAUCUUCCACUCAUCUUCAAAACCGUCCGGAUUGUAUCAUACAUUUUUGAACAAAAUCAGUGAGCAGUUGUUUGGCACUAAUCUCGUGUAGAAAUUAGGGUUUGUAUUGGCUGUUCGAUAGUGGAGUUUUUGGAGCAACAUUGAUCCAACGGUCAGGAUUUCGCCACUGAAUGGAGGGAGGUAUGUUGAAAUGCAGGGAUACACCAAUGGACUAUGAUGACAAUGAAUUCAGUAUCCAUAAUGUCGAUUUAACAGAAGAAGGGAGCUCCACAGUCUCUCCUGUUUUGCGUCCGUAUGACUUUGAUGACGGGGGACAUUUAAGCUUCGAUAGUUUGGUUGAGAACGAGGUUUUUCUUGGUAUCACAGGUCAGGAAGACAAUCAGUGGAUCGAGGAGUACUCACGUGGUACUAGUUCAAGUGUGGUGGAAUCUAGACGUGACAAUGUAUGGUCUGAAGCCGCUUCUUCAGAAUCCGUUGAAAUGCUUUUAAAAUCAGUUGGUCAAGGGACCUUGGUGACCGUAUCAAGUGAUGAACCUACAAAUAUGGAUCGUAAUUUGAAGCAAGACGAUGAAAGUAAUCAUGCCCAAGAAGCUAUGGUAACUGACAAGGAAGACGAGGGGGCCUUGGCGACUGAAGAACCGGACGUUAUUGAUGAACCUUGUAGUGUAUCUAUAAAUCCGGACCCUAAUUUGAAGCAAGAGGAUGAAAAUAAUCAUACCCAAGAAGCAAUAGUAACAAACGAGGAAGAUGGGGCCUUGGUAACUGAACAAUUGGAUGUCGGUGAUGACAUGGAUCCUAAUUUGAAGCAAGAUGAUGGAAACGGUCAUGCCCACGAAGCAAGGGUGAUGAGCAAAGAAGUGGGGGCCUUGGUGAAUGAAGAAAUAGAUGCAAGUGACGAUCCUUGUGAUUUAGAUACAGAUGUGGAUCGUGAUUUGAAGCAAGAUGAUGGAAACAAUCAUGCUCAUGAAGCGAUGAUAUUAAAUAAGCCUCAGGAUCAAGAGGAGGCUAAAGUUUCUGGUGGAGAGUUAGAUUCAGAUGUUAUAGGUAACAAAUGUGAUUUAUCUGAGGAAAAAGAUGAUGGUAUAUGUGAUGAUGUAAAUCAUGAGGCUAGAGAUACAGUAGUUGAAUUAUCUGAAAACAAUCUGCAAGAACAUUCUACUUCCAAAAUAGAAUGUGGGAAUCUGGAUGCAAGUAACGAAUGCAAUUUGAAAAAGUGUUCCUCUAGCAAUGAGUGUGAUUGUAGUACCGAGAACAUGGAUGAUUCAAUAGGCAGUCAAACUGCACAUGAAAACUGUACAAACAGUGAUUUGCUGAUGACCGAAGCUUGUGCUGAAGUUUCUCGCGAUAGCAAGUGUGCAGUCACUGCUUUUUCUGCAGAACCUGAACUUAAUAAUGAUCUUAUGCAUGAGGACUCACCUGCAGUUGCUGUUAAGGACGAUGACAAGACUAAAUCAGAGAAUCCUGCUUAUGUAAAGUCGAAUGUGGUGUCGGAUUUACAGAGUCGGUAUGUUGAGGAAUCUGAAAAACCAGACAGUGUAUGUGACCCAUCUGAGUUGUUUUGUGAAGGAAGCAGCGUUAAUGACGUGGGUAUUGAUAUGACAAACACGUGGUCAUCACCUAAAGUGAUUACUGAAAACACGGAUCUUGUAGCAAGUCCAAAAGUUCACAGUGAGAAUUCAAACAAGGACCACAACCCGGCUGCUAAGCUUUCUGGUUCAGUAGCACAGCAGGUAAAUGAUGAGAUACAGUCAUCUGAGCAAGAUGGUGGUAUGUGUAUCGAUCGUAAUUUAACUUUCCAUGAAGAAGGAAAUGCAAGUUUGCCUCUUGAUAUUGACAUUGCUGCACUUGAUAGCCAACAAAAUGUUGAAUCAGUCUUGUCUCCCGAAGGCUGUAAGACUCAAGGAUCUGAAGCUGAUAUCACCAUUUUGGCUGAACCAGUUGCCGCUGUGAAAUCUGAUAUGGUGUCAUCUUCUGACACUAAAGAUAGAGUUCACUUACAUUCUAAAAAUGUUGCGAGUUCAGUUCACCAUUAUAAUGAGGAGAAAAAGGAAGAAAGAUUUGUCGGUGACGGAACCUGUGAAUAUGAGUCUCUCAAAGCUGUAGGUAGUAUGGUAGAUUGUGCUUCAUUAUCCUCGGUUGAAACAGGUGCAUCCCCUGACCGUGCCGGGGACGGUGUACUAGAAACAUCUGUUGAAAACAUGAAUGCAAACAUGAAUGAUCUAGCAGAAGAGACUGUAGAUCCCGUCCCUUGUGAUUCAUCAGCAAAAGUGUGUGAUAAAGUUGAGGCAGGCGGUGGUAUGCAGGAAUCUAUCUCAGGGCAUCAUGUUAAUAUUUCAAUUGAGCAGCAUACUUCUACUGAUGUGGGGCUUACCUCGGAAUACGAUGAUAGUCAUACGAGGCAUGAGAAAGACGGCUCUGUCUCUAUGGAUAAAAUUGAAUCUGUUUCCCCUCUUAUAAUCACAAACGAUGAUGAACUUUCUCAGAGUACAAGAGUAGAGCCCAGUGAAGGUGCCAUUAGUGAGAAUACCUCACUUCCAGAGGUAACAGAAGAUAUGGUUCUUACCGCAGAAUGCAAUGAUAGUUCUGUCUAUGUAGAUAAACUUCAAUCUGUUUCUUCUGUUUUAAAGGCAACCGGUGAGGGUGCCAUAAAUGAGAAUACCCCACUUCCGGAGGCAACAGAAGACGUGGCAGUGGCUCUUACCUCAGAAUGCAAUGAUAGUCAAAUGAGGCAUGAUGAAGAUAGUUCUGUUUCUAUGGAUAAACUUCAAUCUGUUUCUCCUCUAUCAGACACGAACAAUACUGAACUUUCUGAGAAUACAAGAGUAACGUCCAGUGAGGGUGCCAUUGAUGAGAAUACCACACUUCCAGAGGCAACAAAAGACGUGGUGCUUACCUCAGAAUGUGAUGAUGGUCAUAUGAGGCAUGAGGAAGAUGGUUCUGUCUCUGAGGAUAAACUUCAAUCUGUAUCUCUUCUUUUAAACGCAAACGAUACUGAACUUUCUCGGAGUACAGGAAAAACACACAACGUGGGUGGCAUUAACAAGAAUACCUCACUUCCAAAGGCCGCAGAAGAUGUGGCGCUUACCUCAGAAUGCAAUUAUGGUCAUAUUGAUAAACUCCAAUCUGUUUCUCCUCUUUUAAACACAAACAAUACUGAACUAUCUCCAAAUACAAGCGUUAAAUCCAGUGAUAGUGCUGUUAAUGAGAAUACCCCACUUCCAGAUGCAGCAGACAAUGUGCUUACCACAGAAUGUGAUGAUAGUCAUAUGAGGAACGAGGAAGAUAGUUCUGUUUCUCCUCUUUUAUAUACAAACAAUACUGAACCAUCUCAAAGUGCAAGAGUUGAACCCAAUGAUGUUGCCAUUAAUGAGAAUAACUCACUUCCAGUUCCAGAUGUGGUGCUUACCUCAGAGGGCGAUGAUAGUCACAAGGAAGAUAGUUCUGUCUCUAUGGAUAAACUUCAAUCUGUUUCUCCUCUUUUGAAUACAAACAAUACUGAACCUUCUCAGAGUACACGAGUAAACUCCGGUGAUGGUGCCAUUAUCGAGAAUACUGCGCUUCCAGAGGCAGAAGAUGUGGUGCGUAUAUCAGAAUGCGAUGAUAAUCAUGUGAGGCAUGAGGAAGGAAAACUUCAAUCUGUUUCUCCUCUUUUAGAUACAAACAACACUGAGCUUUCUCAGAGUACAAGGGUGGGGCCCAGUGAGGGUGCGAUUAACGAGACUGCCUCGCUUCCGGAGGCAACAGAAGAUGUGCAGGGAAAAGAACAAUCAAUUUCUUCAAACAGUGAUAUGAAAACAGAUAAUAGUUUUACUUUUGAGGUCAGUGGAACUGCUGGACUUACAGAAACAUGCAAGGGUCUGCAGUUAUUUCCUGCUUCUCAAUCUUCUAAUUUGUCAACGACGACAGAAGUGCCUUGUAUUGAUUCUAACAAACCAAUCGAAGAUCCUGCUGUUACUCUUCAAACACCUGGAAGCGGGACCGUUAUUACAGGAGGUAAAGAGCGUAAAACAAGGCGAAAGUCAGUCGGCAAAGAAAGUGCGACGAAAAGUAAGGAAACAACUACUAUACGACAGGGAAGAGUAAAGAAAUCAUCUCCUCUGACGGUAACCACCCCACAAUCACCACCAGCAGCGGCAGCUGGUCAUGCUAUUCAGUUUCAAGAGUUGGGGUCCAAAGAGAAAUCAUCUCCUCUGCCUGAUUUGAAUAAUGCAACCUGUAUAUUUCACCAGCCUUUUACUGAUAAUCAACAAGUUCAACUGCGAGCACAAAUACUGGUAUAUGGAUCACUGAUAUCAGGGAUGCCGCCUGAAGAGCCCCACAUGAUUGCUGCAUUUGGACAGUCUGAUGCUGAAAGAAAGACAUGGAAGGAUGCUUGGCACGCUUGUCUGAAUAGAGAUAACGGUCAGAAAUCCCAUGCCAACACCCCACGAUCAGACUUGAAGGAUCUUGGCCUUAGAACUCCGGAUCUAGGAAUCAAACAUAGUAGUCCGCCAGCUGUCAGUCCAUUGAUUCCUGUUCCGUCGCCUCUUUGGAACAUGUCUACCCCAUCUUCUGUUGGUUUCCUGUCAAGAAGUGCCGCUUUUCAACAACCGUUUGCUCCUAUACAUCCUCCUACUUAUCACACUCCACCCAACCCUCUGUGGCUAUCUCAGAGUCCUUUUUUUGGACAAUGGGGCGUUGCUUCUUCACCAGCUUCUACUGCCGCUCGUUUUUCCGGAUUACCCAUAACCGAGGCAGUAAAGUUGACACCUGUCAAGUUUUCUGGUUGUGGCCCACAUACGUAUUCUGUUCCUGUUGUUCAUAGUGCUUUGUUUUCUUCCCAAUCUACCGAUGGGAAAAACGCUUCCGGUGAAUCAAAAAGCAGAAAGAGGAAGAAGGUUACUGCUGAUGUUAGUACUGUGAUGACUCCUAGUGCUCAUCCUCGUAUUCCGUUUCUGGUUGAAAACCAGACAGAUUCAGUUACCACUCCUGUUGUUACUAGUAUUUUUUCUACUUCGGUUACUGUAUCAACACCACCUGCUUCUAAAAGCAACAGAAAAGUUGAAGAGGCUAAUGUGCAAGAAGCAGAUGUGAAUGCAACCAAAACACGACAGCCUUCUAGUACCUCAAGAAGUACAAAAAGAACAAAGGUUACCACCAGUGCGUCCGUCAACCAGACCCCUGUUUCAACACAAGCUUCGGAGAUUUCUUUACUCGCUCAAAAUCAGACGAUUUCAGUACCUGCUCCUGCUUUAUGUACUCCGUUUCCUACAUCAGUUGCCAUGUCAACACCUGGGUAUCGAAACGCGGAGAAUGCUCUAGCUGUAGAAGAGACGUUGAGCGAAGUCAAGAAGUCAAAGCUACAAGCGGAGAAUGCUGCUCUGCUUGCCGCUGCUGAAGUCAGUAACUGCCAGGAUGUAUGGAGCGGACUCGAUAGAGAAAACAAUUCUGGUGUUGUUUCAGAUGCUGAAGCUAAGUUAAUGUCUUCAAUAUCCGCUGCUACUACUGUUGCUAAGAUGGCAUCAGCGGCUGCUAAAAUCGCAUCGAAUGUUGCCGAACAAGCUAAGUUAAUGGCGGAUGAAGUAUUCCAAUCCGGCAAAAGUGAAACUUUUAGUCAUGUUUCACAUCCGAGUGUCGUCAACAAAGCUACACCUGCUUCUAUUUUGAAGAGUGUGGACAAAAGUCACGAAACAACCGACAGCUAUCCCAAUUCAAUUAUUUCUGCUGCCAGAGAAGCUGCUCGGCGCAGAAUCGAAGCUGCUUCAGCUGCUUCGAAGCAUGCGGAAAAUCUUGAUGCUAUUGUGAAGGCUGCUGAAUUAGCAGCAGAAGCUGUAUCACAAGUGGGAAAAAUCGUUGCGAUGAGUGAUUCAUCAGCUUUGAGAAAGUUGGCAGAAGCGGGUCCUGAAGGUUUCUGGAAGAUAUCACCGUUAGCAUAUGAGCAGCACCAGGGUGGUAAAAACAACAUUCCUGAUGUGUUCAAUGAAGAGGAUACUAAAGCUGUUGGUGUUUCUACAGCAACAAAUACACGAUCACCUCAUACCUAUGCUGGACACCGCAUUCCGCAACAUAUUUCAGGAAUUUGGGAAGAGCAUAACAUUAAGGAGGGUUGCCUCGUUGAGGUAUACAAGGAAAAUGGUAAGUGUAAAGGUGCCUGGUUAGCAGCUAAUGUAUUAAGUUUGAAGGAUGAAAAGGCGUUGGUCUGUUACACUAAUAUCCAAUCUUCAGAUGAAGAAGGGUCAGAUAACGUAAAGGAAUGGGUGGCGUUUGAAGUAGAAGGCAUCGAGGAGGUACCUAGGAUACGGAUUGCUCAUCCUAUGACUACCAUGCGGUUCGAGGGGUCAAGAAAGAGACGCAGAACAGCUGUCACGGAUUACGCUUGGUCAAAGGGAGACAGAGUUGAUGUUUGGAUGCACGAUUGUUGGCGCGAGGGAAUUGUUGUGGAGCCAAACAAGAUCGAUGUAACUUUCCUAACUGUUCAAUUUCCAGCGCAAGGAGAGACGUCAAUUGUUCGAUCAUGGCAUGUCCGGCCAACUCUUAUCUGGAAGGAUAGAAAGUGGAUUGAAUGGAACGGAGGCCGUGCUUCUCAGGGCGAGGCACCAAAGGAAAAACGAAUGAAACUCGGUAGUCCUGAUGUCAACGAUACAAGAAAGGACAAAUUGCCAAUGAUUGCAGAGGUGGGAAUGCAUGAAGAAAAAGGAUCACUAUUACCGAUAUUAUCUGCGAAAGAAAGUUGUUUCAAUGUCGGUAAAGGCACCGACAAACCUAGCGGCAAUCUUAGAACAAUCCAGAAGGAUAAGGCAAGAGUCGUUUUUGGUGUCCCUAAACCUGGAAAGAAACAGAAAUUUAUGGCGGUCAGCACACAAUACGUUGAUGGCAGAAGCGAGAAAAGCAACAAAAACAAUACGACAAAUGGCUCAUUAAAGUUUUCAAAGCCACCUGGUGCCCGUGGAUCGAAAAAUGAUGCCAUGGAAAAUCAAGCGAUUGAAACCAAAUCCAGACUCCUCAAGUCUAGAAAACCACCAGUUCCUAGUUUCAGAACCACAACUAGUCGUGAUUCUGAACUGUCAGAUGCAGAUUCUGUUGAAAAUGCAUCAAGUCGGCAAAACCAGACGCAAGUUGGGUCAUCUUCUAACAAGAGGAGAGAUCCAGCAAAAGGCCCCCUUCCAAAGAAAGCUUUUACUUUCACAUCAAAGCCUAAAUCUGAGCAAUUUAACAGGGGAAAACUACAAGUAGCACCCAAAGUAGAGGUGAAGAACACGUCAAUAUCUCAAGUUAACGAGCCUCGUAGAUCAAACCGUAAAAUCCAGCCAACGUCAAGGCUAUUGGAAGGGUUACAAAGCUCACUUACCAUCUCAAAGAUACCUUCUGUUUCGCAUGCAGUUCGAAGAAACGUUACAACGAAAGGGAGCACCAGUCAUGGCACUUCUUAAGCAAAGAAGAUGUGUAUAAUUAAGCAGAGGAACAGCUUUCGGGGUACCUUAAUAUUUUAGAGGAAUCAUGUUUUAGCUUUGUAGAAGAUGUUCAUAUUAUAUUUUUGCGAUGUUUCGUCUUAUUUUGUUACUAGCUAGCCACCCGUAUGCCAUUGAAAUCUCUAUUGGUGAUACCUAGUUUUUGUUGCAUAACUUGCAUUGAGCUAAUGCUAUCAGUGGUUUUUGCUAUUAAAAUUUAUGCCAUUUCCGGAUGGGGUGGAGAUUCUAAGA